ACUUUUUAUGAAUUUUGGUCAAUUUUAGAAAAUAAAUUUUAUCCUGAUACUUCGAUUUUAAUGAUAAGAUAUCCUGAUUUGUAAAUUUUAAUUAUGAAUCAUAAUUAAAGCUGUCCAGGGUGAGUUCAAAUGGUUUUGAAAAGUUGAGCGGCUCUAAGGCUAGUCUCAAUGCAUGUUUUAUGAUAGUGUCAUGCACAAUAAAUAGGGUGCCACAUAAGCUGUGUCUUGGUUACCUAUGAAACUCAUAUGGCUCGGUUAAAUGAAGGAGUUUCAUCAGAUGAGAGAAGAGUUCCAACCCCAUGAAAUUCAUAUGGCUCGGUUACCUAGUUUAUAAUCUUGGUAAAUGUGCCAUGAAACUAUGCAUUGAGACUGGAUAAAAAACAAAUUUUAUGGUUGAGAGGGGACCACAAAAGCCGACCUUUCUCGAACCUCCAAACACAGGACACACACCUACCGAUCAUGAAAUGCAUAAAAAAAAGCCUACAGGAAAAAAAACUGCCCUUGGAGCCAGGCCGCAUGCAGGUAGACGCAGCUAGUACAUUUGGGGUAGUUCAGGGACUUCCUCCAUCUCAAAUUAUAAGUCAUUUUUAAAAAAUUUGGAGAUUUAAAUCAUCCUAAGUUUAAUCAAAUUUAGAUGAUAAAAAAUAAUAUUUAUGAUACCAACUAAGUAUCAUUAGGUUUUUCAUUAAUUAUAUUUUCAUAGUAUAUCCACUUGAUCUCAUAAAUUUUUAUAAUUUUUUCUAUAAUUUUGAUGAAACUUGACAUGUUUUGACUCUCCAAAGUUCUUGCAAUGCCUUAUAAUUUAGGAUGGAGGGAGUAGUUUACAAAUAAAUAGCUAGAUGGAGCUUAGAAAUAAUAAUAAUAAAUAUUAUAAUAAGAGUUAUGUAAGCCAUGAGAGAAAGUUAUUUUUGGGAGAUCGUGGUAGACUAGCUAUUUAACUGUCAUUAGUUAUUUCUUCUGUCUCCUUGAUAGGUAAUAGAAUUCUUCGUGGACUAGUUAUGUGACGCCCUUAUACUUGAAAACCGUAUCCUCAUUGCUUCAAAAAUAACUUGCAAUAGUUGUAUUGAAAACCGAUAUCCAUCUAGUUAUGUAAGCUAUGAGAAAGUUAUUUUUGAAGCAACCCAUAACCUACGGUUUCUUGCAAUAGUUCUAUUGUAAAAAAAAUAUUGAGCGUGAUGCGAUCUAACUUUAUAGUCCACAAAUUUUGUAUUUGAUGAAGCUGUUCAGAGUAAAAGAAUUAGUCUGUCUGCCACUAGUCCACUACCAGCUCAGUUAACUAGGCGGCCAUGCGCAACAAUAAGGUCGCCUUGAGUUUCCCACACACCUCAUGUCUCCUAGCUCCCUUCUAUGUUUAAGCUGAUUCAUCAAGCUCAUCCGCCCCAAUCCAUCAAGCAGACAGUAGCCACGCCAAGCUUUCCGACCAUCUCAAACCUUACUUCCAGUUCCAUCCAGCCAUCGCUCAACAGGACCACAAGAUACCAAUUCGUCCUCGUUGAUAUGUACUAUUAUACAUAUAUCAAUCGCAAAUCUAACAAUUCGUCCUCUUGCUUUACUCCCAACAAGACCACAAGAGACCAAGGAACUGAAGGACACAGAGCACUCUGUGUUCCCGCUAAAAAUCAAGCUUUAUAAGAUACAGAACCUGCAAUGGCUGUGGUAUUGGAUGCUUUGGCAUCCUAUCUGCAAGAUAUGCUGGUGGAGAUGGUUGAAGAAGAGGUGCAUCUGCUCUUGGGUGUUCCCGAUGAGAUAGAAAAGAUGGGCAUCAAGCUCGGGGACCUCAAGAGGUUCCUUGCUGAUGCUGACAAGAGGAACAUUAGAGACGAGACUGUGCAGUCAUGGGUCAGAGAGCUUAGAAAUGCCAUGUAUGAUGCCACCAAUAUCCUUGAUUUGUGCCAGAUCAAUGCCAUGGAACGGGGUCCUACCAAGGAUAAGGGUUGCUUCAAUCCCUUGCUCUUUUGUAUAAGGAACCCUCUCCAUGCUCAUGACAUUGGUAAUCGCAUCAAAAGCCUUAAUAAGAGGCUAGAUGACAUUGAGAAGCGUAGCAAAGCCUUCAACUUCAACCUUGCAUCUUAUGAGGACAACACGAGAAUGGUAGAAUCCUCCCUUCGCACUAGGCGGGAGACGACGGGGGAGGAUGAGUUUGGUGUGGUUGGUGAGAAGAUUGAGGAGGACACUAGAAGUCUUGUGGAUUUGCUCAUAAAGAAGGAGAAAAAUGUACAUGAACACAAAAAUGUUAUGGUUUAUGCUAUUGUGGGAGUUGGAGGGAUUGGCAAAACCACCCUUGCCAAGAAGAUCUUUAAUCAUGACAUCAUCAAACAAGAGUAUGAAAAGAGAAUAUGGUUGAGUGUCAAUAAAGAAUUUAAUGACAUUGAUCUAUUAGAGAGAGCUAUCACUGAAGCACAAGGAGACCUUCAAGCAGCCAGAAACACAAAGGCCGCACUAGAGCGAACCCUUAAGGAAGCCUUGAAGGGGUGCAAGACCUUGUUGGUGAUGGAUGAUGUUUGGGACCCCCAUGUAUGGGAGAAGGUGCUCGAGCCUCCAUUGAUAAACUCACUUGCUCGAGGAAGCCGUGUUCUUGUAACAACGAGACAUGACAUGGUUGCUCGAGGCAUGAUGGCGGAGGUGCCAUACCACCAUGUCAAGAAAUUAGAGCAUGAAGAUGCCUGGUCUUUGCUGAAGAAGCAGGUGAUCGGAAAUGGAAAUAAUGAUGAAAAAAAUGUUGACAGACUUAAGGAGAUUGGAAUGGAAAUUAUAGCAAAAUGUGAUGGUUUGCCACUUGCUGUUAAAGUAAUGGGAGGCCUCCUACGCCAGAAAAAUACGAGACAAAGAGACUGGGAAAAAAUCCUAAAUGAUUCUAUAUGGUCAGUGUCCCAAAUGCCUGAAGAGCUAAACUAUGCAGUAUACAUUAGCUACCAAGAUUUAAAUCCAAAUUUGAAGUCUUGCUUUCUGCACUAUGCCCUCCUCACCCAGAACACAGUGUUCUAUGAUGACAACAUUGUUGCCAUGUGGAUUAGUGAAGGAUUUGUUCAUGGAAACAGCACAUGUGAUUUAGAAGCACUAGGAAAAGACUACUAUGGUGAGUUAAUAGCUAGGAACCUUAUAGAGCCGGAUCAAUUGUACUUGGACCAGGCAGUCUGCAAUAUGCAUGAUGUUGUUCGCUCAUUUGCUCAAUAUGUAUCUAGAGAUGAAGCACUGGUAGCUCAGAAAAUUGAAGUUGGCCUAACCAAUAAACUUAAUUCGCAAAAUGUUACUCGGUUAUCACUGGAAUGCAAAGAAUCAGAAUCAAAUGAGCUAGAAUGGAGUUCUCUACAAGCAAAUAGAUCACUGCGAACAUUGAUUUUAGUUGGGAAGAUGAAGAUCAACCGAGGUGAUUCGUUGUUGUCUUUUCCAUGUUUGCGGACCCUACAUAUAGAAGAUGGAAAUUUUGAUGCUUUGUCUAAAUCUUUGGUCCAACUCAAACACUUGAGGUAUUUGUCCAUAAGAGGCAGUGACACAUCUAGGCUGCCAAAAAGAAUUGCCAUGAUGAAAUUCCUGCAGUGCAUUAAUAUUUCUUACUGUAAAAGUUUGGUGAAGCUUCCACGUGACAUUGGAGAGUUACGGCAGCUCAGGUAUUUAAGCCUUGUUGACUCAGGAAUAAAUAGUAUACCGAAGAGUUUCGGUGGUCUAACUAAUUUGAGGUUAUUGUUUGGGUUUCCUGCCCAUGUGGAGGGUGACUGGUGCAGUUUGGAAGAACUAGGACCCCUUAACAAGCUCAUGCGUCUUGAUAUAGAUGGUCUGGAGAAUGUAUCCUCUUCCGCAUUUGCUAUAAAGGCCAGGCUUCGUGAAAAGGUGCGCCUCAGCUAUCUGGUCUUAAAGGGCACCAGUACACGUCGAGGUCCUCACAGGCUGGUAAAAGAGGUAGAGCAGCAACAAAUCCAGAAGGUGUUUGAUGAGCUCUGCCCUCCACCCUGCUUAGAAACUCUGCUUAUUGAAGGGUACUUUAGCCAACAACUUCCAAAGUGGAUGAUGCCUACAAAAAUUUCGUCCCUUGGAAACUUGAGGAAUCUUGAGAUGGAAGACUUGCCUUAUUGCACGGAUCUACCUGAUGGCUUGUGGCAGCUCCCCAGCUUGGAGUUCCUAAAGAUUGAAAGCGCCCCAGGCAUCAAGCGUGUUGGGCCAGAGUUCGUACUACCACACCAUCAUGAGCACCCAAGCCCUAUGGAAAACGUUGGUUCUGAUUUGGAAAUUGAGGUGGAUGAAUGUUCUGGCCUCGAGAGGAUCAGCAAUCUGCCAAAUUUGCAGAGCCUCGUGAUCUUUAGAUGCCCAGGGUUGAAGGUACUAGAGGGUUUGCCUGCACUUCAGAGACUCGGGCUGGAGGACUACGACAUGAAAACACUCCCAGGAUACGUGCGGAACGUAAACCCAAGGGAUUUGGAUCUAUACUGCGACAUCUUGCUGCUGGCUUCCAUAGCUAAAGGGAAAUCUAGCCCCGAGUGGGACAAGUUCAGCCAUAUCAAGCAUGUGAAGGCAUAUGCACAUGAUAACGACAACAACAUUGGAAGGAAGUGGUACGUCAAGUACACGAGAGAUCCUUUCAGCUUUAAGACAAACAUCAGCCUCUCUGCUGACGCCUCAGGGGAUGAAACGGAGGAAGCGUUGUUGGACGAAGUGGAGCAAAUUUCAAGGAAUGAAAUCGAAGAAGAACAUGUCAAUGUGGAACAACUGAGGGAGUAAUCGAUCGAGUGGAGUGUCCGUCGGUGACCUAUAUGGACAGAAGGAUCCUUGGAGUGGCCAUCACCUUUACUGAAGAAGUAUCAAUGCAGAAUUUGUGUUGCGAAUUUGUUUGCUUUUGUUAGACUACAUUUCAUUUUGAGGCGGUCAGAUAUUCGACAUUGCAAAUAAAAAGAGACUAGAAUGUCAUGUGAACUAGCUUGUUCCUUAAUUUUUCUUCAACGAUUUGUGUGCAUGUUACUGUUCAAUUCUGAUGCAGUUUACCAGUUGUGAACUGAGAGGCCUGUAUGUAUGUAAGUUGACUAGUAACAGAACAAACUAAUGUUACGGACAGCUUCAUUAA